CUACCUCUUCCGUCUUCAGUCAUUCUCCAUACUGUGUUUGAUCAUCUCCCAUAAAAGCACGGUAGAACCUAUAUGUGUUGGGCACAAUACGGCCUAAUACACUUUUUGGACGUAAUAUUAUUAAGUGGUAAUGUUUCCUUCGGCCGCUCUCCUUUCUGACUUUGAAUGUCCUCUUUAUCAAGGCGGUCGUUGUAAUCGACCCUUUUGCAAAUACCAACAUGGGGAACGUGCAGGAGAUGUUUCCCCCGUAAUGACGCGAGGAUUUGAAAGGCACCAUGUAACUUCUAGUGGAGCCUUAAUCACCCAGGAAAACAAUGGAGCUUGCUUACUAGAACUUGAGAGGAUUACUAAACAAAUCGAAUCAGUCAAGUGUGAGGUUGAGAAACAACAAAGAAAGCUGUCCUAUUACAAGACAAGAAAAAAUGACCAAUCUGGAUUGUGCUCAUCUGUGAACAAAAGUAAAAAUAAAAUAGCUGAAAAUGACCCAAGCGCCAACAAGUAUGUGUUGGAGAAAUCUCGACCACUGACUGAUUUGGAAUAUGAUCCUUGCUCCAAUUUUUCGUCUGGCUUAUUGUCUGGCACUGCAUCCGAUUGUAGUGUCAGGCCGUGUAAAGAACAAGAGACUACUCUGGAGCAAAAUCAGAGUGACCAAAAGAUAAAAGUAUCUCACCAUUCGGAUGACUCAGAUGACGGAACACUUGUUAUUGACGUGCCAUGUCUGGAGGAGGAUCCACAAGGUGUAGAGCAAGUCGUACAAACCAAGACCACUAAACCAGAGCCCACUGAAUCUCCCCCAAAAGACAUCCAAGAGGCGAAACGAUGUAGAGAUCUCUUUACUGACUGUGUACUGUCCACGCAGAAACACCUGCCGAGAGAUGAGCGAUGUGAGGAAGAACUGUUCAAAUCUCCCUCUAAAUGUUCAGAAGGGCCAAAGACUGGAAAUGGGACAGCACUUAAAUGCUUUGAGAAAGACGGAGAGAUUGUUUCCUUAGCAUCUUUUGAUCAUGUGGCACCAUUAUUGGUACCAGAUGCUGGUCUGUCUGCAACUGGAGUGGGAACAGGAGUUGACCACAGCACUUCAAGUUCUCAUCAUGAAGACAGAGAAAAAAAGCUUAAUAUUUCAAAUGUUCUAGAUGACCUUUCUGCUUGUCUUGAGGAUCUGAAGAAUCAAAGUGAAACAACUGGCUGUAGAAAUGAAACUGAACCAAUUCAGAUGGAAAAUAAUGGAAAUGGCCUGGAUGGCAGUAAUCAAAAAGAAGACAUGGAUUUCUGUAGUCUCCAUCAAGAGCUCCAUCAAGAGAUUGCUAGCCUGGAGAAGGCAUUGGGGGAACCCAACAAAAAUGACCAACGUUCUCUUCUCUCCAUUGCACCCCAAAAUCACGUUCAACACGUUGUAGAACCUGAAGAAGAGCUCCAUCUUUCUACCCAAACCACCUCCUUCUAUCCUUUGACAAAAGACACCGGGAGUGGUCAGAAUGUUGAAGGUUUCACAGAGGGUUACUGGCCCUCAGUGCAAAAUAUUCAAAAUGAGAUGUAUGCUGCUAAACUCCCAACAUAUUCAUCCAUGACCGAUCAGGGCUUACCUUGGGGGCAGUCUAAUGCGCAGCCUCUGAGGUAUCAAGAUGCAUUGAUGAAGGCAACAAACCCCAACCAGUUUCUGAUGUUACAGAAGCCAAUGACUGAAUACAGUGUUGGUCUGGAUGUCCAUCAAGCCCCUGGUGUCCUUCAUACACCGGUACCAACCACAGUACCCAGGGGAAUGGAAAAAGAGGACAUUAUCGAAAUUGACUCAAGUUCCGAGGAGGAGCUCAAUUACUCCGAUUUGGAUUUGUCUGAAAGUGAUCCGAUGGAGGAGUGCUACAAAAUCUUCAUGGAGUCAAACGACGGUGGCGACUCCGAAUUCCAAGAUCCUUCCCCUGUGCAGGCAGAUACAACUGCAGAGACAGACAUGAAACUGAAAAUGGAUAGUGGACACAAGAAAAGAAUGGCCCAUAUUCCAAGACAUGAGGCGGUCACUACUAAGCCCAAAACACAGGUGAUUGUUCCCUUCCGAGGCGAACCCACUCUGAUAACCCCAGCACCUGUGAGAGGACCGCAGCACAUCCAACGACAGGUGUCUGUUCUGACCACAGCCGUCAGAGGCAUCCAGGGACAGGGCGCCUCUAGUGGCCACGUCAACAAAUGCAUCCAACUUGCUUCUCACCCCAACCUUCCCCAAAAUGCAUGUGUUAAUAUCAUACCUGUCGGGGCCACCAUUCAACUGCACCCCAGCAUGCACUUCAUUGUACCUCAGGCCCACUACUCUGUGUCUGUGCCUAUGACGGCGCUGUCUCCCCCAGUAGCACUGCCACGGGCCAUGCACCUCACGCCCGCUAAACCAAUGCCAACCAAACGCAAAGCAAAGGUGAAAGGUGAAGUAGGGGUGAAGGUCCCCCACAAUAUAAGACAGCGCUAUGUCAACCUUUUUGUGGAAGAGUUUCUCAAAACCUCUGCUACUGUGCCUGAGGCCUUUGAAAAGGCUUUAGUUGAGGAGAAGGCUGUGCAUGAGCGAAGCAUCAACAGACUGAAGUAUCUGAGUGUAGCUGUGAAUGCCCUGAAGAAGCUGAAGAGUCAGAACAGUCUUCCCACCAAAGGUGGAACUGAGAAUGCUGCAAAAGAAUCCAGAGGCGACAUUGAACUCGUGUGCUGUGCGCUGCAUGGAAGAGGAGAUGCUGCUCUUUAUGAGAGUCUGAAGGAGCACAUUCUGUCUGACGACAUGCUAAGGAAAAACAACUAUCCCUUGCAGCAUCCUGACCGUGCUGGGUGUGCUGUACAGUGUGGUGAGAGCAGAAAGACCAUGGCUGACGCAUUGAAAAGGAUCUGCUGUCGCUGUGGAUCAACUUUUUCUGUCAGCGAAACGGGAAAACACACUAGGAAGGAAGAGUGUACCUACCACUACGGGAAAGUUGUUGAAAACAAGGUCCCGGGCGGAGUGGAGUCCCGCUACAGCUGCUGUGAGGGGGCCGUGGGGACGGCUGGAUGCCAAGUGUUCAAGCUUCAUGUCCACGGUGCCUGCAGCCUCUCUGGCUUUGUGAGCACACUGCCAUCAAGCUCGGGAGAGCCAUGCUGCCCAGGGGUCUAUGCAUUAGACUGUGAGAUGUGUUACACAACACAAGGCCUAGAGCUGGCCAGAGUGACGGUGGUCAACUCCAGCCUGCAGGUCAUCUAUGACACCUUUGUCCAGCCUGAAAAUGAGGUCAUUGAUUACAACACCAGAUUCUCUGGUGUGAGUGAGAAGGACGUGAGGGGCACUAAUGUCUGUCUGAAGGACAUUCAAAACACACUCCUGAAGCUCAUCAGUUCAGACACCAUCCUUAUUGGCUAUGAGCUGGAAAAUGACCUCUGUGCCCUUAAACUGCUCCACAAUGUGGUUGUGGACACUGUUGUGGCGUUUCCUCACCGCUUGGGGCCCCCACACAAGCUUGAGUUGCACCGUCUAACUGCUGACUACCUCAGGAGAAUCAUCCAGGAGAGUGUGGAUGGCCACGACACAGGAGAGAAUGCGACCGCGUGCAUGGAGCUGAUGCUGUGGAGGGUCAAGGAAGACUCUAAAGUGAAACGGUGGUGAAAAUUGGUUGCUGAGGGGGACGACUGAAACAUCCAUCAGGGUGGGAAUGGUUCCAGAUAGAACCUGGAGCUUGGUAAUGGCUCCAUGUCAACAUUGUGACCUCCUCACUUGUGCACUUUUAUCAUAAACACAUCUGAUCUCAUUUCAGUUACAUAAAAAAAGGUUUUUGAAAGUUAAUUAGUGAAGUUCAACAUGGUUCUCAGGGUGGAAUAAAGGUUUAUGGUAUUGUCUUUGAAGUUGCUUUGACCACUGAACACCAUGUUCCGUCAAAUGCCUUUCUAAGUUGCUUUUGUUAACAUUAUUUGUCCGUUUUCUUUUUCUGUUUUUAUUUAUUUUGUGUUUGUAAUGUUUAUUUUAGCCUUAUAUGCCUAAUUUCUAUGUAAACAUUGAGUGGACACUGCAAAAAAAAAAAAAUCUGGCAAUUGGCAGAGCACAAAUUGUACUUUAACAGUGAACGGGGGCAAAAGUAAAUGCACUAAAGUAAGUGGUCUCUGGCAUUGGUUUGUCUCACAUCUACACUCGGUGUGCAGUUAAUGAGUAUGAUGAACACUGACACCAGCUGUGAUUAAUUGAAUCAGGUAAUUGUGCAGAGUGAAACGUUUAAAUCAGUGCUCAUUUUCAUUGGGGAAAGUUGAAAGGCACAGCCCUGUAAUCAGAGCGUUGGGCCAAUUCACAUUGUGUUGAUUAUCGUUUCAUAUCCUGUAAUCUUAAAGUAAUUGGCUAAACAAACAUUGCACUUCAAAAUAUGAUGCCAAAUAUGUAAAAGUAGCUAUAAUCAGUCACAGGGAAAGCAGCAAUUGAGGAGCUUUAAAACACAUUCCUCCAACUUUUACGUCUAAAAGUAGCAGUAUCAGUUAAUCAUUUUAAACCUCUACCCUGUGGUGAUGAUUUUAGCAAUAACAAAAUGAACACUGAAAUCCACAUCCAUGUUAUUACCGUCUCCAACCUGAGGAUGGCGUUUUAAACCACUUUAUUUCCAGGUUCAUGUGUUAGUGUUUUUAUUGCCCUCCUCCAAGCAGCUGCAAUAAUAAGAAGAAGAGGAAGCUAACAAUAAUUAUUAACAGGAGCAGAAAAAAAUAACUAGAUUUAGUAAAAGAUUAGAACAUUUAAAGUAAUCCACUGCAUGCAGAGAAAGACUCAAAAGGA